AUGGCGACAGCUCCCCCUUCGACGGCGUGGGAGGCUUUCUGGCCCAUGCCUACUUCCCCGGCCCAGGCAUGGGAGGAGACACCCAUUUUGAUGCCGAUGAACCCUGGACCUUCUCCAACACAGACCUCCAUGGAAACAACCUCUUCCUGGUGGCUGUGCAUGAGCUGGGCCAUGCUCUGGGGCUGGAGCACUCCAACAACCCCAGCGCCAUCAUGGCACCCUUCUACCAAUGGAUGGACACCGACAACUUCCAGCUGCCUGAAGAUGACCUCCGGGGCAUCCAGCAGCUCUAUGGUACCCCGGAUGGCCAACCUCAGCCCACCAGGCCCCUUCCUACAGUGCCACCGAGACGCCCCGGCCGGCCUGACCACCGCCCGCCCAGACCACCACCCCCCCAGCCCCCAGGGGGGAAGCCAGACCGACCCUCCAAACCAGGCCCUCCAAGAGCCACCGAGAGGCCAGACCAAUAUGGCCCCAACAUCUGCGACGGGAACUUUGACACCGUAGCCAUGUUACGAGGGGAGAUGUUCGUGUUCAAGGGCCGCUGGUUCUGGAGGGUCCGGCACAACCGGGUGUUGGACAACUACCCCAUGGCCAUCGGGCACUUCUGGCGGGGACUGCCCAGUGACAUCAGCGCUGCCUACGAGCGCCAGGACGGACGCUUUGUCUUCUUCAAAGGGGAUCAGUACUGGCUCUUCCGGGAGGCCAACCUGGAGUCCGGUUACCCCCAGCCUCUCACAAGCUAUGGGCUGGGCAUACCCUACGACCGCAUCGACACGGCCAUCUGGUGGGAGCCCACAGGGCACACGUUUUUCUUCCAGGAGGACAGGUAUUGGCGCUUUAAUGAGGAUACUCAGCGAGGAGACCCUGGCUACCCUAAGCCCAUCAGCGUCUGGAAGGGAGUGCCGUCUUCUCCCAAGGGGGCCUUCCUAAGCAACGAUGCAGCCUACACCUACUUCUACAAAGGCACCAAAUACUGGAAAUUUGACAAUGAGCGGCUACGGAUGGAGCCUGGAUACCCCAAGUCCAUCCUCCGGGACUUCAUGGGCUGCCAAGAGGAGACAGCUGAUCCUGACUCUGGGCGACGCUGGCCCGACCUGCAUCGGCCACCCUUCAACCCUAAUGGGGGAGGCAGGGAGGAAGAGGAGAGAGAAGAGGACAGGGGCUACCCAAGGCGGCCCGGGGAGGAGGAACAGGAGAACGAGGUGUCAGAGGAUGAAGAAGGAGACUAUGGGGAUGACAGCAAAGGCGGUGGCAACCGUGUGGUGGUGCAGAUUGACGAGUACACACGGACCAUGAAUGUGGUCAUGGUGCUGGUGCCGCUGGUGUUGCUGCUUUGUAUUUUGGGUCUCAUCUAUGUCAUCAUCCAAAUGCAGAGGAAGGGAGCCCCAAGGAUGCUGCUGUACUGCAAACGCUCCUUGCAGGAGUGGGUCUGACCUCAGCCCAUCCAUCCAUCCAUCUACCCACCUAUCCAUCCAUCUACCUACCCAUCCAUCCAUCUACCAUCUACCCAUCCAUCCAUCUACCAUCUACCCAUCCAUCCAUCCACCAUCUACCCAUUCAUCCAUCUACCCACCCAUCCAUCUACCCACCCAUUCACCCACCUAUCCAUCCAUCUACCCACCCACCCACCCACCUACCUACCAAGGCCACAGUCACAACUGGAGCCUGCUUCAUCCCAUCCCACACGGUGCUAACCCAUAGAUGUGUAUGUAUAUACUGUGUUUGUUGAUGACUUCUGCUGAUGCUGACAUUGAUCUCCGUCCAUGGCUGUGGGUGGUUUUCUGCCCAUCACCAAUCCUUAACACAAAUGUUUGCUUUGCCAGCCCCAGAGACUGGCAGCAGCCUGGAGACUCCCUCACCUAUUCCCCUUCUCUAUUUAUACUAAGAUGCUUCUCUCUCUCUCCCUCUUUUUGGGGGUAGCUCAGUAGGGCUCCCCCCAUCCCGACUUAGUGAGUGUAGGUGGAAAUGGUCCCCACUCCCUUCACUUCCUCACUUUCUUUAGGGCAGACAUUGAAGGUCCUCUCAAUCCAGUUGUUGUUCCCUCAUAGGGAGGACCCUGGGCAGUCAUCUUCCUUUAUAGAUGAGGCCUUCAAAGAGAGUGAGCGGCAGGGCCCAGAUUUGAACUCAGGUGUUCUGACUUGAAAUCUUGUGCUCCUUCUCCUAUGCCUGUGAGAAUUAGGGUCCUGUCCAGGUCAUCGUCUCUCCUUUCCCGUGCUGGAGCCAUAGGGGCUGCCACUGCCCUGGUUCCUGGGCCUGCUUCCUUUGCUCCUUCUGGACUGAUAUGCAAGGAAGUCAAGAGGCCAGUACAGGUGUCCGUGUUUGCUUUGGAGACCAGUUGCUUAGCGAGGCAGGGAGCCUAGGGGAGCCUGCCUGAGGAAAGAGUCUUGAGCGUAGCCUGGGAAAUCCCCCAGCCCUGGAUUGGUCCCACUUUGGGGGCUGAGGACACGACCGUGUCUCCCCAGGGGCCCCUCCUAGCUCAGCUCAGCAGAACAGAUGAAUCCCUUAAAUAAAUGGGGUUAGGGAUUCUUCUCCCAGCCUCCUCUGAGCUAGGGAGAUGUAAUUGCCUGGGUCCUAGUCAAAGGCACGUCCAGAGUGGCACCAAAUAUUCAGGGCUUUCCCCUAAUGCUACUCCCAGCCCUUGCUCCCCCUCCCCUUGUAGGCAGGGUAGCAGGGUCAGAGUACCAUUGCCUGAAGAAUGGCUGUCCAGGGGCAGGAGCGAUGGAUGAGGGAGAAGAGUGACGUCUCCCCCUUCCAGAGAGCCAACCCAAGACCCCCACGCUGACUCUGCAUGGCGUCCUUAGCACCUCAUUAGUAAAACUCAUUCGGUUAAGACAGGAAGCUCCCUCGUCUUCCCUUGCCUCUCCUGUGGGACUCCACUUUGGGGUGUCCUUUCCCAGAAUGGGGACAUAAAUUGCAUAUAGGAUUACAAAGGAAACCGGAAGAGUUACCAAAAUAGAGUCUGCAGAGUUAGCAGCCUCCAGGCUUGGAACCACCCUCUCUCCACUCCCCCCCAAUCCAGGGGAUCACCCUCUUUCUCCCUGUCCAUCCCACUCACUGAGGGUGCCUUCCUGCCUCUAAACCACACGUAAGAAUUCUUAGCUCCAGAUCUGUAUAGAAUUUAGCACCAGAAGGAACCUUAGAAACCAUCCACUCCAAUAUAGUCAUCUUAGAACCCAGAGGGCAAGCGAGGGGCACCUGGGGGCUCGGAAGAGAGUCAAGCCUGGAGAUGGGAGGUCCUGGGUUCAAAUGUGCUCUCCGAUGCUUCCUAGCUGUGUGACCCUGGGCAAGUCACUUCACCUCCAUUGCCUAGCCCUUACCACCCUUCUAACUGAUACUUAGGAUUGAUUCUAAGACAGAUGGUAAGGGGGGGUCUGUUUUUUAAGAGGGGGAAGGGGGCAAGCGAUUUACAAGAAGUUACAGAGUUAGAAACCAACAGAGAGGAUUCAAACUUGGGCCCUAAGCCCCAUCUUUUGGCUGCAUCAGGGGUUCUUCACCUGCAGUAUCUGAACCCCCAAAGGGUCCAUGGGAGCAUUUCAGGGGUUCUGUGAGCUCUAAUGGGGGAAAAAUGGCGUCUUCAUUUUCACUAACUUUUGGUUUCCUUCGUCAUCGCCAGCCUUUGAUUUUAUUCCUUUAAAAAUAUGAUUUUGAGAAGGAAGAGGUUCUCCAAACGGUCACCCAAGGGACUCGGGAGACAAAAAAAAAUUAGGGAUGUCUGGGCUCUGCCACAGAGGUUUGCAGAGUGACUCGUCCUAGGGAUGUGUUGUGGCUUGGACUGAUCUCUUUCCUUGGCGAUAAUGGUAGCCGCCACCUCUGCAUGGCUCCGACGGAGGGGGAGCCUCCUCGGACCCUCCAUCUCUACGUGACUUGGAAGAAAUGGGGCUCUGGAACGCUGAUUAAACCAGAAAUCCAAAGGGGUUUGGGGAGGCCGGAAAAUGGACUGUGUAGGCCUGGCCCCCCUCCCGGCCCAUUGGAAUGGCUUCGCUCAAGGCCACGGUGGAGUCCGUUUGGGGCUCACGGCCCUCUCUUUCAGGUAGACGCUGGCGGUGGCCGCUGGGCCUUGCUUGCUUGGCCCGGAGAGGUCUUCCUUCAUCAGCUCUCUGUCCCAGCGUCACCCUCUCCAGGCCCCCGGUGGCUGCUGGGGCUCUGGGGCCCCUCUAGAGCUCGUGUCGCUGGGAUGCUUCUGGGUUUAGAUCUGGGAAAGGAGAGAAGGGAAAGGCAAGCAGUCUGGAGGAAGAAUUCUUCCGUUGGCCAACCAAAGAUGGGAAGGACCAAAUGGAACCCCCGAAGUGCCCUAUCUGCCUCCCUUCCUCCCGGGGCUCUGCCUGGGGGCUCCCACCGACCCGGGAGGGGCUGCAGCCGCUGAGGCCCCGUCCCAGAGGUCCUCCCUUCAUGCCUUGACCUGCUUUGCAUCUGCUCUCCUCCCCCUCCCUACUUCCCCACUCCAAAGUAAACACGAGUCUCCGGCCACUGUGGGAAACGGUACUGGGAAGCUGGGCUCUCUGAUCUCCACGCGCCCUCCUCAUCCUCUCCUCUCUGGGAGGCCUCGGCGGAAGCUGGCCAGGGACCCCCUCGUUGGUGGGGCCGUGAAGGGGGCCGGGAAUGGCUGUCCUGGCACUCGGGAGGGGUUCGCUCAAACCCUUGCCUGCCCGUCUCAGAGAUCCCAAAGGCCGCUGGUUCUUUCUCCUCUGCUGUCCCCACCUCCCCCGGGGUCCUGCUGGGGGGCCCUGACACUCCCCGACAGGCAGUGGGCCGCUUCGUGGCCAGGCUGGCUCGAUGGCCCCGUGUACAUUUCUGUAAAUAACGCGCAGCGUAUUAAAUUGUACAUACCGCUUCCUA